GGUGCCUCCCAGCACACACAACUGGGCGCUGUGACAGGAAGAGGCUCCAAUCCAUUUAGUCUGAAAGAGGGGAGGCGGCGCCGUCUUCCCCUGGUCCUGGGCCAGCAGCAGUGAGCAUGGCCCCCCAGCCCCCGCAUCUCCACCUGUUCCUGGCACUCACCCUCACCAUGCCUGUCAGCCUAGCCACCCAGGUGGUGCAGCAGUUCCCCCCCUACGCGAUUGCCCCAAAGGGCAGCUCCGUCAACAUCACCUGCUCCAGCAUCGGCUCCUUGAAGGGGAUCUACCUGAACCGAGACUGGCCCGACCCAGGAAGCCACGUGAUCUACUAUGCAGACGGGAAGGAGCCCACCGUGGACGAGCUGUUCUGGAUGCGCAUCAACUUCUCGGGGUCGCAGCACGAGCUGACCAUCACCAUGUACCACCUGCAGCCCAAUGACACAGGCGUCUACACCUGCCAGGCCAUCAUGGACAACAAGAUCUCAGGCCCUGGGACCCUGGUUGUGGUGACAGAUGACAGAGCAAACUCAUGCCAGAAGGACUGGGAGAGAGCCUUCGGCCUCCCUGUGGCACUGGCUGUGGCCUGCUUCCUUGCCGGGCUGGGCCUGGGGGUGGUGUGUGCAGUGAGGAGGACACAGAUCAAGAAGCUGUGCCGGCGGAGCAAUCGGCCCACGGCCAUCGUGGUCUAUGAGGACAUGUCCUGCAGCCGCCACAACACCCUGUCCAGGCCCAAUGAGUACCAGUGAGCCUGCCACCGGGAACUCAGAGAGAACCAGCCAGAUGCCAGCGAGGCACUCUGCCCAGGGCCCAGGGAGCUCAGGGCAGUGGGCGGCUCCAUGGCACUGUCGGACGCCUCCUUUGCCCUGUGGCAGCUUGAGGGAUGCCUUAUCCAGGAAGCCCUCCUUGCUUCUGCAGCCACCAGGAGAAGCUCUGGCUCUCCUGCUGUGCCUUCUCCUCCUGUGGCCUCACGGGGGCUCCUCUGCUUGAUGGGUCUGGGGGCAAGGCUGUGGCCCCUAUUCUCUCAUCAGCACCCUCACCCUGCAGCAGGUGGGCCCCCAGCCCUUGGGCAGCCUGGGGCAGAGGGGCAUGGGGAGGCCCAGCCCCCUGCCCAGCCUUGCCAGAAAUAAAGUGUUUGUUUUCUUUCCGUUCUGAGUCCCCGUCUGUUUCUCCCUAGCCCGGAGCAGAGGGGAAGAGAGGGCUUAGAUGGCCAGGGCUGCCCUCCCCACCCUCUCCUGGCACCCUCACAGCAUUUCUGCAGGUGUAUUUUCAAGGGGGAGUCCUUGGGUGAUGCAAAGAGUGAAUGUGAAACUGAAAGGUUGGAGGUUCGAGUCCACCCAGAGGCACCUUGGAAGAAAGUCCUGCAACCUACUUCUGAAAAAUUCCCCGUUGAAAAUCUUGUAGAGCACAGUUCUACUCUGGCACACAACACUAUCAUGAGUUGAAGUUGACUCGACAGCAAUUGGCAUAUGUGUGUGUACAUACGUGCACACACACACGUACUGUUUCUCUGGAGAGCCGUGAGGCACAGUGAUGUCCAUUCCAGUGCUGCUUUCAAUAUAAAAAUUAACCACUGAGAAAUGACCCGAAUGUUAAGAGAACAGCUGUGUUGAUUUCAGCACACAUGCUGGCCGUGCUGCUGAGGGAGAAUCCGGGGCUUUCCCCAGGACGUUCGCCGGCCACCGUGAAGUGACAGAGAUCCAGUACGACCCCACAUUUAUAAACAUAACACACAGGCACAUACACGGCUAUGCCAACACUUGUGUGUAUUUUUAUCUCUAGAGUGCGAAACAACGGAAGACCAGGCACUGGUCCUGCUUCUCUCUGGGCGGCGGGGUGUGGGGACUUUGUCUUCUUUUUUCGGAGUCUCUCUAUUUUAAUUGCAGAAGAAUACGUAUAACAAAACGCUUGCCAUUUCAAGCAUCGUUGUGUGCACAACUCAGUGACAUUAAUUACGUUCACCAGGCUGUGCAACCAUCCCCACUGUCAGUUCCUGAAUGGUUUUCACCUCCUGAAACAGACACGUGGCCUCUUGAGCAAUAAACUCCCCUUUCCCCGUCCCCCGCCUCCGGUAAGCGCUAAUAAACUUUGGCCUCUGUGCAUCUGUCUACUCUAGACAUUUCACACAAAGGGGAAUGUACAAUAUUUGUCCUUUUGUGUCUGGCUUCUUUCACUCAGCAUGUUUCCAAGGUUCAUCUACGUUGUAGCAGGUGUCAGAACUUCUCUUCACGGUCUCUGUAUUUGCUAGCUGUGUGUUAGCCAGGGACAGUGAGUCCCCAGGACCCCUUGGGUGUGGGGCGAGCGGCCAGGAUACAGUCAGGUUCUUGGGGAGUCCCUGGUGACCGGCCCAGCUGCCCUGCACCCCAGCUCUGGCCGUAACCAUGGCACCUCACCGCUUUCCACCCUCACCAGGUAUCCUCUGCCCCCAUGCGUCCCCGACCCUGGCACUCUCUGUGCGUCUGUUACUGGAUGCAAACCCCAAAUUCUUAUUCAGCAUGACUCGAAUUGGCCAAUAAACGAAAGACUGAGGCGGGAGGACAAGAUAGGCACCUUUAGUUCAUUGUACAAGGAAAUGGGGUCAGUCGGUGCUUACUGCUGCCAAGACUGCUUGCCAAGGGUGGGCAGGUAAGUUACUUGCAAAUGGGUUUACAAGUAGGGAGUUCCUACAAGUUACUUCAGCAACGUUCUUAAUAAUACUACGGAGGUGUAAAGGGGUUUACAUACAACCUUCAAGCAAAAACCGAACCAAACCUGUGGCCAU